AUGGACACAGAGACCGACGCAGUGACUCGCAUACGUGACGUUACUUCAAGGCCAGGCAUCGUCGAGUACAGCGCGCUUUAUGCACAACCUUCCAUCCGUGCGCUGGAAGACGAUGCGGCGUCUGCAUCCCACGUGCGACUGCUCUCCCUGUUUGCGCAUGGUACAUGGCACGAGUACAAGAACGCUGCCCCUUCGACAUACCCAGAGCUGACAGAGGCUCAAGUGCGUCAGCUUCAACGUCUUACACUUCUCUCGCUUACCCAUGCAUCAGACGUAUGUGAGUACACCGAGAUUCAGCAGGCGCUGGACGUGCCUGCGGAUCCUGCGUUUGUGGAAGCACUCGUCAUCGAAUGUAUGGAUCUCGGCAUGAUGGACGGUCGUAUCGAUGCUAUUGAGCAGCGUAUCUAUAUCACCCGCACACAAGGCCGUGACUUUUUGCCUCUGCCCGCCGGCGGGCCUUGA